AUGCUUAAUUCUACACAAGCUAAAUCUCACAUGUAUUUAUCAAAGGAAGAUAUGAAGGAAGCCAUACCCCCUAUUGGUAUUCGUGCUUGUUUCCGAGAAAAACUUUUUAGUUGGAGAAAAACUGAGUACGGAAUUAAUGACGAAACAUUGUCUGAAGCGAUAGCCGAAAAAGUAGUUUCAUGGCUACAAAACCAAUCUAAUAUUGGAACAACAUCAACACCAACAACAUCUUUUUCUCUAUCAGUUGGAAGUUGUAAGCUAUCUAAGAGUCUAAAGCAGAUUUUAGAAGAAAGUCCUAAGGGGAAAUCUUUAACAAGUUUUUAUAAACAAAAUGAUAACUUGACUGACUCAUUUCGUGCAGAAUUGAUUAAUAUAAUUUUGGAAGACAUAUUUUAUCAUGAAGCUAAAUUAUCACCAAAAGAUUUGCCAAUAAUAGUGAACGAUAUUGUCAACAACUUCCCCAGUGAGAUAAGAGAAUACUAUUUUAUUCCACAAGGUAGAAAAGCGAGUCCAGGAGGGAAUUUUUGGGAUAAAUACGUUAACCAAAAGGCAAAGCGUGCACGCUCAUCAGUUAAAAUUAAAGAAAAUUUAGAUGCUUCGAAUUCCAACUCGCUGACAGUUAAUUCUGAACUCGAUGAAUCAAUUUUACUAGCUUUAACAGCUUACCUUUCUAGAGAUUUUUCUAAUUGGGAUGAAGUUAAAGAUAAAUGGCAACGAACAUUCUUGUUAAAGCAAAAAGAAUUGAAGUUAUCUACUAAUAAUUAUGAAUUUCUAGAGAACUGGCCUCUCUAUUCUAACGCUCGGUCUAACGAACUAGUUAAUAUCGAUUUCGAAUUGAUGCACCCAAAUAAGAGUUAUCUUCUUUUUUUAAGUAAAUGUAAGGGAUUUAGAAAAAUUGUAAGCUAUUACUAUUUACAUGUAAAAGACAAAAGGUCUAAGGAAGUUCUGAAAAAUUCAAAGAAUAUUACUGAACAAAAUUCACUAGAUUAUAUAUAUACUAUUCUGGUAAAUUCAGUUAUUUUACCAAGCGCACGUUUUUCGGAUAAACGAGGAAAAAUUUCAAAAAAGGUUUCUAUACCAGAUGCAAACGAGAGUUUUAUUGUCCACCUUACCACUAUAAAUGAUUACGAAAAGAUAAUAUCAGAACUUAAAGAGAAAUAUUAUAACAGAAGUUUAACUAUUCAACCUUUUAUAAUAGUUGUAGGUCAUAGUAUUUAUAAUCUUGAAAAAUUGUACGUAUAUUUUGAUGAAACACUCUUAAAAUGUGACUAG